UGCCACAUAAGCAGCAUGACUACGCAUCUCCGUCUGACCAGUGGUCGUGUGCGGAUAAAAGGUUCGAGCGGGCACAUACCUCUUCAGUUUACAACCCGAGACACGUUUUACGCCAUGGAUUGUUCAGAGGAGGUCCAGUCUGUGUCCGAGGAGCCCUGCUCUCAGCUGGAGCUCAAAAAGGGAAUGUCGAUUUUUAUUGAUAUUCUGCGGCGAGCCGAUAAGAACGACGAUGGGAAGCUGUCCUUUGAUGAAUUCAAAUCUUACUUCUCUGAUGGAGUCCUGACAGCCGAGGAGCUGAAGGAGCUCUUCCACACCAUCGAUACUCACAACACAGACAACCUGGACACUGAGGAGCUCUGUGAGUAUUUCUCCCAACACCUCGGGGAGUACGAGAACGUUCUCGCCGCUCUGGAGGAUCUGAAUAUGUCCAUACUGAAGGCAAUGGACAAGACAAAGAAGGAGUACCAGGAGUCCACCCACCUGGAGCAGUUCGUGACCCGCUUCCUGCUGAAGGAGACGACCAAUCAGCUCCAUUCCCUUCAAAGCUCGCUUGAGUGCGCCAUGGAAACCACAGCCGAGCAGACGCGCCAGGAGAAACAGGGGCCGCUGAAGCCAGAGGUGCUGUCCAUCCAGUGGUCGGGCCGCCGCUCCAAUCGGAGGCUUCAGAGGAACAACAGCCUGUCUCCCAACAACCCGCUGCUCAGUCUGGUCAAUUCAGGUGUUUAUGAUGAAGACAGCCAGUGGAUGGUGCAGGUCAACAGACUGCAGAAACUUAUCGACCGCCUGGAACAAAAGGAGAUUCGCCUGGAGCCCGUUGAGGAGGAGGUCCUGGAGAGCAAAUCGCACAUCCUGGUAGUCCAGAGGCAGCUCCCGGUGCUGGAGGAGGAACUGGAAGAGUUCCGUGUGGCUCUCAGACAGUACAUGGAGUGUGCCUGCAUCCAGACUGGAUGUCUACACAUCGCAGUUCAGCGCCUGGCAAAUGAAUCACGCUUCAUCGUCUAUGAAUUCUGGGAAAACAACAACAUGUGGAAAAACCACCUGCAGACCAACUACAGCAAAAGCUUCCAGAGGGGGAACGUGGACUUUCUGGAAACUCCUGAGAACAUAACCAGCAUGCUGGUCCCCGCAUCGUGGUGGGUCCUCAACAACAACUGAAAGGAGACGCUCAGCUGGUGGUCAGUGACGGGCGCGAGGAGAGGAAACAGCCUCCUGUCAACACAUCAGGAAGUGACACAUACGCACACACACACACAACGUAACACUACUCGUGUGAUCAUGGUGAUUAGUAUCGAUUUUUGACCUCCGUGUUCCUUCAUAGUCAGGUGGUAGCUGAAAUAGCCCAAGUGUGUCUGUUUAAAAGCCCUAGACAACGCUCUGACACCCUAAAAGCAAUGGCAUCAUAUCACCGGACAGAGAUUCAUCCGAUGACAUAACAUCAUCACUGUUUUUGACAUGGCAUCAUCUAAAGCCCAGGGUGGACUGCGUGUGUGUGUGUGUGUCUAUGUGUGUGAGCGAGAGAGAGAGAGAGUGAGAGAAGGAGGGCUAUUACUGUGUAGCAGCUCUGGGGCGCUCAUUAAAGCAUUAUUCUGUUGUUUCUGAAUUUAAUGUGUCAAAACAAGAUAAAGAUCUGUCAUAAAUAAAGACAAUAUACCGUA